GAAUGAAUAACCAAAGCGCAGGAAGAAACUUGUCUACUCAGAUGGAGGGAAAUAAGAAGAAGAAGAAGAAUCCAAAAUGACUCUUUUGCGCGCCUAGAUUUCCCGCAACAAACCAAUCUGUACUGUCCUUUCUCACAAUCCUCGAGGGCAAAUCCGUCCUUUUCCCAGCUGCCGAGCUCCAACACCUAGGGUUCCCGAUCCGGUCCCACAAAAAAAAAUUCGAGAAGAUGAGCGGAGGAGACAUGAAGAUCUCCCUCGACAAGCUCCCAAUCAAGCGCCUUGAUUCAAUCGAGGAGAGCGGCAUCGAAAGAUUCCCACCGGAAAUCGGCUACGAUGAGAGGCGCCUUGCUCUAAUUCGGCGAAUUGAUUUCACUCCAGUCGUCGAAAAGGAUGCAAAGAAGCUGAAGAGCUCGAAGGAGGCAGCUGCGGCAGCAGCAACGACACCAUGGCCGUGGCAGAGCUUGGUUGAGAAUCUGCAGCUGGCUCAUCAGGAACUCUCCGUCAUCAUUGAUCUCAUCAAUACAGUGGAAGCAAAUGAUGCGGUAACAGUGGCUGGAAUGACAAGGCCAAAGCAGUUGCCUAAUGAAGUUUUAUCAGACCUUGCCGUGUCUGCAGCUACUAAGCUACAAUGUUUCCGGCAUCUCGGGAGAUAUUUUAAACAAUCUGCCAAAGCUUUGGAGCAGCAGGUUGCAAGGGAGGCAAGAUUCUACGGUGCGCUAAUCAGAUUGCAGCAAAACUGGAAAGUAAAACGUCAGCGUUUGGCCAUUUCUGCUCCGGGCAGCGAAGGCUUCACUAUCGAUUUGUUUGAUAAUUUGCUAUCAGAUUCAACAGCUGUGUUUCGCCCAUCUUCUAUAUCAACCGUUCGUGUUGAUCAUGACUCAGCUGGCAUGCUGACCUUACAAUUGCCUCCAAAAUCAUGCCGCUCUAUUCAAUUCGGUUUUGUUGGUGAUCGUUCAAGUUGGAAACCAAAGAGACUUGGUAAUAAUAAAGUCUAUGGCUCAGGCGAGCAUCCUUCACGUGAAUCUAAGAAAGAAGCAAAUGAUGAAGAUGUCGACAAAUGCAUUAAAGAAACACAUUCAGUCCUUCGUGAAAUUCACCGAGCAAUCUUUGAUGAGCAGGUGUUUGAUUUGGUAAAUCGCGAGGCUUUCUACCCAUCUCCAGGAGUUAAUGUGACUGGGAUACGGGAAGACUUUAUACAGCUGGGUAUAGGUCAAGAAGCCUCUGUAUUCUUAUCCCUUGUGCCUUUUGAGCAAGAUGCUGAUCAAAUGACUGACACCAUGGGUCAAACCCAGAAUGGCGAAGGUGGGAUUUUACCUUCAGAUGCAAUGGUAGUGAGGGUUGCAGAAGAGAAGCAUGAUAGCUUUAGAAAGAAUUUUCCAGGACUUCCUAAUCCAAUCGGGUGUGAGAUUUAUUUGCAACAGAUUCUCCAUGAAAAUGUUUUUGUGAAAGCAAAGGAUGGGCACCCUUCUGCAGGCAGAAGUCAAGUAUCUGGGCAGCAGGCUGGUGAUGGGCUUGGUCUCCUAGGCCAUUUCUCUAUGACUCUGGCUCAUAGAAUCUUUUCCAAGAAGGUUAUGGCAGAGCUGGAGAAUCUGGUAAGUGGGGUCCCAUAUCUCCAUUUGUUAUCCCAUCCUACUUGGCAUUCUCGGACAUCUUCGUGGUCCCUCUUCAUGAAGGUUCCCGAGUCCAUUCUUCAUGCUGGACGCCGAACAAGGCCCGUGGAUGUUCAUGGCACAAAGAACCGAGUCAAGUCACAGUUCCACACCAAGGUGGUGGUGAACGAUGAAUCCAUCAGCAUAAGUGGUGAAGGUGCACCGAAUGUCGUGGGUCUCUUUAGAGGGGGUUCCACAGACACUUGCCUGAUGAAUCAGUAUGAUUGUGACCUGGCAGAUCUCCCUGUGAUACUUCUGCAGCAGGUAGCGAGCCAGGUCAUUCGUUGGCUCCACGAGGAAGCUCUGAUUGUAGGAAUGAAAGCGAGUAGGGACUUCCUCGGCUUAUGUUUCCAGUUAGAGCAGGGUGACAUGCUGAGCCUGGUGGCCCACGUGGACCCCAACAACUCCCGUGGGUGCAUCUCCUGGUGGUUGGUGAUGGAAGACGGAUUGAUGGAGGACGGCAAGCUUCACACAGAUUUAUCAAAUGGUGGGUCUGAAAACAAGAGGUUCUUGGGGUACUUGUCACCAGAAGCGUUGUAUUCCCUGUUGAUGGAUUUGGUCAGCUUGUGCAGUGGUAGUGGGAGUUAUUGAUCUCUCACACGCUUCAUGUUUCCAUAUGGUUGCCCUUGCUCAUAUGUCAAUGUUCUCUAUUUUAUAUGGCCAUAUUGCUUCAAAAAUGCAUUUUGACAGGAGAUGGCAACGAAAUUAGAGUUAUAAAGGUUGCCCUUUUGGCAUCUUGACUUUUGCUAAAA